ACACCCUUUUACCUGAUAUAUGGAAGACAUCCUAACAUGACUUUCAAUUAUAGAAAGUCAAAUGUGGAAGAAGCAGACAAAUACCUAGAGGAAAUAAAGAUAGUACAAGCAAAUGCUAAGAAAGUAAUAGAGAAAUUACAGGAACAAAUAAAAAAGUAUACUGACAAACACAGAGGAAAUCUUCCAGAAUUAAAGGAAGGGGAUUUUGUUUUACUAGAUAGUAAAAACUUAAAUCUAGCAGUACCAACUAGAAAGUUGGCAAACAGGUAUAUAGGACCAUUUGAAAUAGAAAAACAAAUGGGGGUAGUAAAUUACAAGUUAAAACUACCAGAAGGGAUGAAUAUUCAUCCAGUUUUCUACUCAGGAUUGUUAAUACCUUAUAAAGAAAAGGAAUACCCAGGAAGACAAGUGUAUACUAAUCCAGACUCAGAGUUAAUCAACAAGGAAUGGGAAUACACAGUAGAAAACAUUUUAGAUAGUAGGAAAAGGAGGAACAAAUAUCAAUAUUUGAUCAAAUGGUUAGGCUAUCCAGACAUAGAUAAUACUUGGGAACCAUUUGGAAAAGGAUUAACUAAUUCAGCAAAGUUAAUCAGGGAAUUUCACAUAAAUCAUCCAACAGUAGUAAAGCCACCACAAUUAGAAAACUGGUUA